UGCUGACCCCCAAAAAAAAAAAAAUUUCCUUUCUUUAGCCUUCCACACGCUACGCGGCGGCCAAAAAAGAGAAAAAGGGAUAAAAAAAAAAAAAAAAAAAAAGAAGAAGGAGGCAUACAGCAUAUUCAAUUACUCUGAUGGCAGCGUAAGCUCUGACAGCCGUCCGAUCUAGGGUAUGUUUCCGUUGGGAAAUGGCAUUUGCCACCAGCCUAUUAGGAAGUCUAAAAAAACUGUAGCUUUGGUUGAAAGCAUAUGAUUAUGCUCAGUUGUAGCUUGUAGAUGAUGUUUUGAUGUGGGUUUUGGAGUGUUUGGUGAUCCAAUUUGGGUAUGCUUGAUGUUAUUUGGUUGAUCGCUUGGUAGAAUGGAUUUGAGCUGGUUGAGCGCCAUUUUGGUUGGGGCUGGUUGUCUUGCUCUGGGAUACUGCAUUGGGGCUCGCUUUCCUGCUCCGAUUUUCAUAUCGGCCAGCUUAGCUAAAGGAAAUGCACUUGUUAGUGAUAGUAGUAGUGGGAAUAGGAACAACAAGGAUAGGCCCAAAGACCCCCUCGAGAUUGAAAAGCUCGCCGACCUUUUUGAUGAUUUCAAAAUGGUUCUGGUUGUGAGAAAUGAUCUGAAAAUGGGUAAAGGAAAAAUUGCCGCCCAAUGCAGUCAUGCAACUUUGGGUCUCUAUAAAAAGCUCCUCCAUCGGGCGCCAAAGGCCUUGAACAGGUGGGAGAUGUGCGCUCAGCCUAAAGUGGUUGUGAAAAUUGAAAGUGAGGAAGACAUGCUUGUUUUACAGGGGAGAGCAAAAUCACUGAAGUUACCAACACAUAUCACAAUUGAUGCUGGGAGAACUCAGAUUGCACCAAAUUCAAGGACAGUGAUGGCCAUUCUUGGACCUGUUGACAUGGUUGAUGAUGUAACAGGCGGACUAAAACUUUUAUAGUUUCGUUCAUUCAAUCAAGUGGUUUGGUAAUGGUUCGACUGAAAAGUUUUGGAGGAGGACAAAUACAAUACAGAAGUCAUGGUGCCGUUGCCAUUUGCUAUGGCCGUGGAAUCAAGCAUCUCAGAAGGAAUGUUGUUCCAAGUUUGAAUUUAUAUACCAGGGUAUCAAGCCUCACCCGAGCUAUCAUAAUCAUCUCUCUAUGACGGACGAAAUUGGCUGAGAAUGAGAUGCCCAUCCUUCAUGGCUAUCCAAAUUGUAUACAAGUCUCUCACCCAAAAAAAAAUAAUAAUAAAAAAUUGUAUUACAAGUGAUUCCAUAAACAUUUGCUUUGGAACCUGUGACAAAUAAUCAACUCUUGCUCAUGUUUUUAUAGGAUCAGGCUCUUUUUGGCUCAAGAUCAGACAUUUUCCCUAGUCAUCUAUGGAUCGUUUUGAGUUUUUUCUAA